GGCACUCAAAGUUUGUAUGAAUAAAUUUGUGUCCGUUUGAAAGCUGACUGCCUCAAAGUUUGUUUCAGAGACAACGGCGGUGACGUGAUGGAGGAUGGCAGCUGUCACGACCCAGGAGAGGCACCAGAGGAGCAAAAUGGCCACCCUACCCAGGGCCUGCAGAUAGGCAGCCUAAGGAUUAGAGUGGAAAGGAGCACCUUCGUAGUCAACAGGGAUCUACUGACAGAGCACUGCGAGUAUUUCCGAGCACUUUUCCAGUCAGGAAUGAAGGAAUGCCAGCAACAGGAGAUCCACAUAAGGGGUCUAAGUGCUACUGGUUUCUCCAUUAUGCUCAGAAUUCUGGGAGGUGAGCGCCCAAUCCUGGCUGCGGAUGAGCUUGUCCAGGCCAUAGAAAGUGCCGCAUUUCUACAGGUGGGGUUACUCACCAAACAUCUCAUCGACAUCACCAACUCCGACAAUUGCUUGCUCAUGUAUCAUGCUGCAGCAGAGUACGGCCUCUUGGAUCUUUACCGCAGUGCAGCGUUGUUCAUCCGAGACAUGUACAGGGAUCUGGAGGUUGACAUGAGGUGUCUCCCAGAAGAACUUAUCGAAUACGUCAAGUCUCUCAUUCCCAGUGCGUUUGUAGCUGUGGGAACACACUCAAGUUGCACGGCUGAGGAACUUCCCCAUGCUGCUACAAGGACGAUCUGCUAUUUGGAUGAAGAUGAGAAGGACUGGAAAGUUCUUACAAGCCUUCCAAAAGAAGCCAGCACCUCCAUGGCAGGCGUCACAGUUCUCAGCAACAAGUUGUAUAUCGUUGGAGGUAUAUGUGGAAUCCAAAAGCAGGUUGUGGAAUCCUGCUUCUGUUACGACCCUUUAAACAAUACCUGGAGCACAUUAGCUAGUCCUCAGCAGUUGCGUUACAACUUCACCCUGGUGGGGCACGAGGACCGCCUGUAUGCUAUUGGAGGUGAGUACGAAAGAAAGGUCAUGUCAUCAGUGGAAGUGUUUGAUGUCUCUGCUGGCUCAUGGUCCCUUGCAUGUCACUUGCCUCGGCCCGUAGCCAGUGCAGCAUGUGCAGUAGCAAUGAGGAGGAUAUUUGUGUGUUUGUGGCAGCCCAUGGAGACAACGGAGAUCUAUGAAUAUAUCCCAGCCAAGGACACUUGGGUUCUUGUUACCACUCUGCUGCGGCACCAGAGCUAUGGACACUGCAUGGUAGCGCACAGAGACAACCUCUAUGUCAUGCGCAAUGGACCCUCUGAUGACUUCCUGAGGUGCAUGAUGGACUGCUACAAUGUGACCUCAGGCCAGUGGGUGGCCCUGCCGGGACACUAUGCCAAUAGCAAGGGUGCCCUCUUCACUGCCGUGGUAAGGGGGGACUCUGUGUUCACCGUGAACCGAACACUGACACUGGAGUAUACCAUUGAGAACAAUAAGUGGAAGGCAAGAAGUGAAAUGCAAGGCUUCCCACGGAGUGGAUCGAUGUGGACCUUCCUAUUGAGGUUGCCCAAGACUUGUAAAGGUCAAGGGAAUGGAUCCGUUUUGCUGAACACCAAUAUCCCCGAUUUACAGAAUCCUUUCGUUCACCACUCAAUUUGACCAUUCUCAGUUUCUGAUAUCGCUGUCAAAUUUUUUUGUUACAUAAUUUUGAUUUUUAUACAGAGACUGAGCUUGAAGCCUCACAUUUAAUCAGCAGGUACUUAGAGGCAGAGUGCAGAUGUAGCUGUACGCUGCCUGAGAAACAUGGUAAGCGGGACUAUGAGGUUGGUUGCGCUGGGGAACGGAGGUGGGCCCAAACAAAGGCGGACCAAAACUAAGGCAGAUACAAAUAGUUACAAAGGUGACCCUAAAUGGAGGCAAGCCCAAAUAGAAAGACAUUCAAACAGAGGCGUAUCCAGUGGGAGGUGUCUAUGUUGAUGUGACGGGGAAAAACACACAGCUGCCCUUGAGCAUAUAUCCAUGAAUAUUCAUACAAAGUUGUUCACACCACUAGACACACUUUUUCACACCACUCUUUCCUAGAGAGCAAAUGAGUAUGCUACUCAUGGAAGGAUGCACUUGCUGCCACCCUGGACAGGUCAGCACUUGAAAGAGUGCUGGAUCUACAUGACACCACUCUCCUUACUCAUCUCUCAACAGACGUUGUGACACGUUCUCCAAAUAACUGCCUACUCUGGAAAUGGUCCUUUCUUUGGAAAAAACAAAAGUGUACCUUUUUUCUGGUUUUGUACGUACAAAAUGGAAAUGGCUAUUGCUCACGCUUUUAUCAAAAUUGAAAUGGUUUUUCUUGAACAUUAGUCUUCCCCCAAGUGAUGCUAUUACCACUCAGCUGCUCUGGGUUCAAGGAAUGAACAUUCCUCAGAGGAACUGUUCUCCUCACCACAAUUUCGGUCUUUUUGUUGCUACAGCAAAUUCAUAGAAUGGUCAGUUUUUUCCCUCAAAGCAUCAGUUGUGGUUCUAAUUAAAUAAAUAAGCCAAAUUAACCAUUUUGAAUGAUUUGUUAGUUUAUUACAUCCU